GACUUUACUGAGAGCAGGACCAACCCUCAGAGGCAUUAACUCAGAAUGGAUAUGAAACUGUUGGCACUCGUGGCUGCGCUUGUUGUGGUGACAUAUGCGCCUCCAGCUCAAGCAAAGCCCAUCAGCCUGGUGGAGAGAUGCUAUUGCCGCUCAACAGUUAACAACCUUCCACGGGGCUACAUCCGAGAGCUCAAGUUCAUCAACACGCCCAACUGCCCCUUCCAAGUCAUUGCCAAGCUGAAGUCAAACAAAGAGGUGUGUGUGAACCCAGAGGUCCGGUGGCUGAAGCAGUACAUGAGGAACGCCAUCAACAAGAUGAGGAAAAAUAAGCAGGCCAACUGAAAUAAAAAUCCUGCAGAGAUCCUCCUGAGUCACCACUGAGGAUUUGGGCCAUCCUGAGAUCAUCUGGUAUGUUGUCCAGCACUUAUCCCGGCCGCCAGGCUGACGCGGCCAUUUGCAUGGAACGAAUCUACGACCCCUUCACCGUGAACACCGAUCCACCAGCCUCCACCACCGUCUGUCACCAUCACCACUUUCACCACUUUAUAGAGGUCAUAGAUGUUAUUAGUGUGAAGUGCAAUUAUAUCUGUGAGUGUAUGUUUUUCUCAAUAUAAUGUAUAUACUUUCUUGUUAAUGGACUUCAACAGUAAAGAGCUAUUUUUGAAGAUAUCUCUCGUUCCUCUGGCCUUUUCUGUCAUUUAGGGUAAAGGACCUAUACCUCAGGGUUGGGUCUGAGUUUAAAAGGGAGCGUUGUAGGUCAGGAGGAAGAUUUUCUCACCACCAAACAUGAGGCAAAGGUCUUACUUGCAAGUAGCAAAAGAACUGGAGCCUGCUGAGCCGAGAGAAAACGGAUUUAUCUUAACUAAAGCUAACCUAAUAUGAGAUCCAGUCAUUUUGAUUGCCUCUGAUUUUAAAAUUUAGUGUUUGGAUUCACGUCUAAAAACUGAGGAACACAGCUGCAGAGUCAUAUUUCAUGUUUGAAGUUAAUUGGGAGCAUAACAUUUCAGCGGGGGCCAGCUACCCUCAGAAUGAUUAUAUACGAUGUAUACAAGAUCCUAGUAAAAAUGGCAAUUCCAAUGUUUUGUGAUGGAAAUUAGGAUGCCAAAAAGGGCCCGAGCAUUUCCUGAGCCGAUCUGUCGCUGUGAUUAUGCGAUCCUGUUUUUUUUCCCAUUCUUAGAGAAACGCGUGAGCAUCUGGAACCCAAGUAUGUUUAAUGUAGGAGCCGAUAAAUCUAAAAUAUGCUGGAAUCCUGUAUCAGUGUCAGUCAACCAAUCAUCAAAAUAUGAACUCUGUUUGAAAUAACCUCUUAGUAUGAAUGUCCAUAACAAAGAAGGGUGUACAGCAAUUUUGAAAAUAGUUACAGAUUCAAUAGUUAAAACUCUAGGCUGUGUUUUUCUACAGCAGACAAAGUAGCACCAGUACUGAUAACAAACCCAUGUACCUAGAUGUGACUACCUUCAACUGUCAUGCAGAUAGCAACGCACUUUAUAUCUGAUGUAUUAAUGUUUUAACAACAAAAAAUUACCAUUACUCACUAAGUCUGAUCAUUAAAUUCUGUCUUCAGUCUUUAUUUUUUAUGUCUAUCUUGCUCUUUCCCGUUCCUUUCUAUAUUUUUUUUUUGAUCAAUGAAUGUGCAGCUGCAUUUAGGGAAAUAUGUUCAUCCAUUCAUCCAAAUCUCCCCCUCAUAUGUGAAACGAAUAUGAUACAAAUGUUUUAUUUUUGUACUCUUUUAUGCAUUUAUAUAUUCAGUGCAACAUUUUUAAAUGAAGGAAUUGUACUCUCACAAUCGAGCCAUAAACAGUCGACGUAAAACUUGUCAGUAAAAAGAAAAGGAAAUCUUUAAAAUGUUAUAGCUACUCUUUUAAUAUAUGAUGUAUGUUAUGAGUAUUUUCAUAAAUAUAAAUAUAUGUAAACACGUUUAUUCGGCUUGGGGACUCCCUCAUGAUUUUAGUCAGUGUAACGCAGGCUUUUCCAGAGCCAACACACACAGCUGGAAGAAUCUUACUGUACCGCAGGGUCAGAGGGUAAAUCUGAAGCUUUGAUGUGAGAACAUGUGUUUAGCUUUACUUACAAGGGCAAAUGAAAGGCAAGGAGAAUGAUCCUGCCUGCGAUUUAACUAUUAACUCAACAAGCGGCCAUUAGGAAAACAUUAGGGCUGAAAAGGGAUGAACUUUUAACUUCCCUCUGAGGGCAUUAUGUGGGGCGGAGCACGGUAGUAUAUGUGGCUCUCUGAUCGAAACAUAAGGGGGGGAGAUAAACGGCGCUGAGUGGCAGCACGCAACUGGUUUUGCGACAUUUGCUGACCAGCUUUGAAGUCCAGUUUAAACGUGAUAAAAAUCUGAGUCAGGAGGAGAUAGAGCCAUUGAUUUGUCCCAAUUUGGAAUGGAAAUUGAUCACAUACUGUAUAAUCACUGUAUGACCUGAUUGUGUUCAACUGUGUUAAAUGUGGGUAUCACUGCGGGAAUCUGCAGGUAGCAACACGUACUUUCCUCCCCUGCAAUGUUAAGAUUGAGCUUCACAUCUCUACCACUAUAAAGCAUUUAAGAUAAUUGUUCACUGAGAAUAUUUGCAUUAAACUUUAUACGACAAAUA